CGGAGGGCGCAGGUUGGACAGUCCCAGGUCAGGGCCGCGGGGGCGGAAGCGGCGGCGGCGACGGCGGCGGCUGUCAGAGCUGGAGAGGGGCCGGGCGGAGCGGCCAUGGAGGGUCAGCGCUGGCUGCCGCUGGAGGCCAAUCCCGAGGUCACCAACCAGUUUCUCAAACAAUUAGGUCUGCAUCCUAACUGGCAGUUUGUUGAUGUGUAUGGAAUGGAUCCUGAGCUCCUUAGCAUGGUACCAAGGCCAGUGUGUGCAGUGUUACUUCUCUUCCCGAUUACAGAAAAGUAUGAAGUAUUCAGAACAGAAGAAGAGGAAAAAAUAAAAUCUCGGGGACAAGAUGUUACAUCGUCAGUAUAUUUCAUGAAGCAAACAAUCAGCAAUGCCUGUGGGACAAUUGGACUAAUACAUGCUAUUGCCAACAAUAAAGACAAGAUGCACUUUGAAUCUGGAUCAACCUUGAAAAAAUUCCUGGAGGAGUCUGCAUCAAUGAGCCCUGAAGAACGAGCCAGAUACCUGGAGAACUAUGACGCCAUUCGAGUUACUCAUGAGACCAGUGCCCAUGAAGGUCAGACUGAGUCCUCCUCGCCAUCCUCAUCACAGCCUCAUUCUAGCCACUGCAGAACGAAGGCCUCAUCAUUGUGUCACCAUGCAUCCCUGCCCUGGGUCAAACGUAACCAUGUAGGCCCUGCAAAGGCUACCAGUCCAUCUCUCCGUCUUCGUCGCUGGCGACCCUUCUUACGUCUACCACCUUUGGGUCUCCAUUCUGUUGCACCAAAUAUAGAUGAAAAAGUAGAUCUUCAUUUUAUUGCAUUAGUUCAUGUAGAUGGGCAUCUCUAUGAAUUAGAUGGACGGAAACCAUUUCCAAUUAACCAUGGGGAAACUAGUGAUGAAACUUUAUUAGAGGAUGCCAUAGAAGUUUGCAAGAAGUUUAUGGAACGUGACCCUGAUGAACUGAGAUUCAAUGCCAUUGCUCUUUCUGCAGCAUAGCCCGUCCAGAAUGGAAACACCAAAUACUGUAUUAUUUGCAACAAAAUUAAAUUUCCUCUGCCAGACACUAACUCACAAAUUUUGAUAUUUUCAUUAACUUGACUGAUUAAACUUUAUGUGAACUAAA